ACUCCAAAGCGCACACUCAUUAGUUACUUUCAAGGAUAAAAGAGCUAGCGAACAAUCAAUCAAUCCCCCUCCUUUUCCUCCUCCGCUUCUCCCCUCCCCUCCCCACCCCACCCCACACCAAGCAGUAGGAGGAGAUCGCGUGCUUCGGAUUCCUCCCCUUUUUUGACCAAAUACUUAUGAUCACGGCCCCAGUGAUCGGGAACUGUGCCCCGCUUUCAUCGGUUCGGCGCAUUUUUUUUUUUCCAGCUUUUUUUCUCUUUGUUUGUUUGGGGUUUUUUAGGCGCAAUCUUUCGAUUUCUGAGGUGGGUUUUUGGUGAUUCGUCUUAAAAGAUCCGCCUUUUAUCGCUUAGAUUCGGAUUUAGAGGCUGCAAUUAAGUAAUAGUUGCGUUCCUAACUUGCUUUUAGAAUCACGUCGUGCCCCGCAUUGAUCCGUUUGGUGCGUUCGUUUAGCUUUUUAUUUGAUUUUUUGUUUGGAAUCUUUUGAUUCCUGAGGUGGGUUUUUUGGUGGUUCGUCCUAAAAGGAUCCACCUUUCUUCGCUUAGACUCGAAUUUAGGGGUUCCGAUUGAGCACAAGUUGCGUUCUCACUUGCUUGUAGAGACAUAUUGUGCCCCGCUUUGAUCGGCUCGGUGCAUUCGUUUAGCUUUUUAUUGAGUUUUUCGGUUGAAAUCUUUUGAUUUCUGAGGUGGUUUUUUGACGGCUCAUCUUAAAAGAGUCACCUUUGUAGCUUAGAUUCGAAUUGAGGGGUCGUGGUUGAGAAAAAUUCUACUUUCUCACUUGCUUUUAGGAUAAAAUCUCUCCAUCUCAUUCGCUAUUUUUUCUCUUAGAAAUCAGUGGAAUAUAGAUUUCGUUGGGGGGAACCCUCUUCAAGUAGGUUUGAUUGGUGGAAGGAAGGAGACAUCCUUUCUUCAAUUUUCCUUUGUGAGUUGUUGUACUGUGGAGAGUUGAGUAUUCCAUGAGGAAGCUCUUCUUCUCUGAUUCCUCUUGCAAAGAAACCAAAGUGCACACUGUGAAUCCUCAAUCAUGGCUUAAAGUCGAAAGAGGGAAGCUCGCGAAGUUCAACGCCUAUUCCCCUUCCUCAAUUGAGUCUCUCAUAAAGGUCUCAGAACCACCCAUUCUUCCGCUAUUUAAGCCGGUAGACUAUGUAAAAGUCUUGGCUCAUGUACAUGAGGAGCUAGAAACUUGCUCGCCGGAUGAAAGGUCAAACCUGCACUUGAUCCAAUAUCAAGUGUUUAAGGGCCUCGGAGAGGCCAAAUUAUCUCAGAGAAGCCUCCGCUCCGCAUGGGAAAAGGCAAGCACGAUACAUGAGAAGCUCAUUUUCGGGGCGUGGCUCAAGUAUGAGAAGCAAGGAGAAGAGCCCAUUUGCGACCUUCUCUCUUCGUGCAUCAAGUGUUCGCAGGAGUUCCAGUUAUUGGAAUUUGUAUCCCAAAUCUCCUUUAAAGCAGUUGAAAGAAAGAAUUCAUGUAAUUCCAAUGGGCCUGAAAAUUCCUCCCUCGUCGUCUAUUUUCGGAUAAGAGAGGAAAAGAUUGCUUGUGAUCGGCAAAAGAUUGCAGCUUUGUCAACUCCGCUUCACACUAUGCUUAAUGGGGGAUUCAUGGAGUCUCAGCUUGAAGUAGUUGAUAUGUCUUUUAAUGGCAUUUCCCCCUUGGGAAUGAGAGCAAUCAGUAAAUUCAGUCUUACAGGGAAAUUGCCCGAGUUAUCUCCAGAAAUUAUAUUUGAGAUAUUGGUAUUUGCUAAUAAAUUUUGCUGCAAGAGUUUGAAAGAGGCUUGCGAUCGAAAACUUGCUUCUUUUGUUUUGUCGAGACAAGAUGCUGUAGAAUUUAUGGAGUGCGCGCUCGAAUUGGGGUGUUCUGUCCUUGCUGCUUCAUGUUUGCAGGUCUUCUUAAAUGAACUUCCGGUUUGUUUAACUGAUGAUCGAGUGGUUAGAAUUUUCUCAGAUGCAAAUGAACAGCAGAGGUCAAUUAUGGUCAGCCACUCCUCGUUUGCCUUAUAUUGCUUGCUCAGUGAAGUUUCCAUGAAUACGAAUCCGACGUCGGAGGUCACAAAGUGCUUCUUGGAAAAGCUGGUAGAAUCAGCCAGCAAUAACCAACAAAAACAAAUAGCCUUUCAUUGGUUUGGAUGUGUGAUGCUUCUAAGAAAAGAAUAUUAUGAAGCUGAGAGAUUAUUUAAUGCUGCUUUUGCUUCUGGGCAUGUCUAUUCUGUUGCUGGAUUGGCUCGAGUGGCUUCUCUAAGGGGCAAUAAGCACUUAUCUCACAAGAAACUCAGCUCUGUUUUAUAUACCUAUGCCCCACUUGGGUGGAUGUAUGAAGAGAGAUCUCUAUAUGCCGGCGAUGAAAGCAAGUGGGAAGAUCUUAAUAAGGCAACUGAAUUGGACCCGACUCUUCUUUACCCUUACAUGUUUAGAUCUGCAUCUUUAAUGAGAAAACAAAGUGUAGAAGCUGCCCUCAUGGAAAUAAACCGUGUUCUUGGUUUCAAGCUUGCAUUGGAGUGCUUAGAACUAAGGUUCUGUUUCUACCUUGCUCUUGAAGAUUAUAGGGCGGCAUUAUGCGAUAUUCAGACUAUCCUUACAAUCUCUCCUGAACAUCGAAUGUUUGAAGGCCGGGUUGCUGCUAAGAAGUUGCGAUUGCUUGUUUUAGAGCAUGUGGAGAAGUGGAGUAUCGCAGAUUGUUGGAUGCAGCUUUACGAUCGAUGGUCAUCGGUGGAUGAUAUUGGUUCCCUUUCGGUUAUCUAUCAGAUGCUUGAGAUGGAUGCUGCCAAAGGGCUGUUAUUCUUUAGACAAUCUUUGCUUCUGCUAAGAUUAAACUGCCCCGAGGCAGCAAUGCGCAGCCUACAGCUUGCUCGCCAGCAUGCAGCGAGCGAUCAUGAGCGUUUGGUCUAUGAAGGAUGGAUUCUAUAUGACACUGGCCACUGUGAAGAAGGGCUUCGUAAAGCCGAGGAAUCAAUCUCUAUUCAAAGGUCAUUCGAGGCUUUCUUUCUCAAAGCUUACGCUCUUGCUGAUUCGAAUAUCGAUCCUUCAACCUCGUCAACUGUUGUCUCACUACUUGAAGAUGCUUUGAAGUGUCCUUCAGAUAGACUUCGGAAGGGUCAGGCCCUGAACAAUCUCGGAAGUGUUUAUGUUGACUGUGAGAAGCUAGACCUGGCAGCUGAGUGCUAUGCGAGUGCCUUAAAGAUCCGACACACCCGGGCCCACCAGGGCCUGGCCCGCGUCCACUUCCUUAGGGGCAAUCGAAGUGCUGCCUACGAGGAAAUGACCAAGUUAAUAGAGAAAGCUAGGAAUAAUGCAUCAGCUUAUGAGAAGAGGUCGGAGUACUGCGAUCGUGAACUCACAAGAGCCGAUCUGGAAAUGGUGACCAAAUUGGACCCUUUACGAGUCUAUCCUUACCGAUACCGAGCUGCAGUGCUUAUGGAUAAGCAUAAAGAGCAGGAGGCCAUAAGGGAGCUGACGCGGGCGAUUGCAUUCAAAGCGGAUCUUCACUUACUCCACCUGCGAGCCGCUUUCCACGAACACAUCGGCGACAUCACGAGCGCUCUUCGCGAUUGCAGGGCUGCUCUUUCCAUGGACCCCAACCACCAGGAAAUGCUCGAGCUUCAUAAUCGAUUUCACAGCCAAGAACCGUAGCAAUUACUGUGUACAUAAACAUAUAUCUAUCUAUAUACACAAUUAAUAUUGUUCCUGUUAUGGUUCUGUUUUGCUAUUGCACUGUCUUUUCUUUUCUUUUCUUUUUUUCAGGAAAAAUCUUUUGUAAGUUUAUUCUCUUCGUAAUAAGUUAUUUGGUUAGAAGUCGUUCAGGUAAUA